AUGAAAAGAUUCAUCACUAUCAGUUUGUUUAUGGUUCUAGUUUUACCAUACGCGAUAACUAAAAAGCCUAAAGAGAAAAUACCGCCUAGAAUGAAGUACAAGAAAACACAUUAUGUGCGUGGGCGCACUACAAUGGUACACUUGUUCGAAUGGAAGUGGAAAGAUAUUGCCGCUGAAUGUGAAAGGUUUCUUGGACCUAAAGGAUAUGGUGGCGUUCAGGUUUCUCCCCCCAAUGAAAAUUUAAUGGUUAGACUGCAAAAACGUCCUUGGUGGGAACGCUACCAACCUAUUUCUUAUCGCUUGAUCACGCGCUCAGGUAACGAAAAACAAUUCGCUAAUAUGGUACGAAGGUGCAACAACGUUGGAGUCAGAAUUUACGUAGAUGCGGUCGUCAACCACAUGGCCGCCCAAUCGGACGAGUACUACGGCACCGGUGGUAGCAAAGUCAACUUUGGAGACUGGGUCUACCCUUCUGUACCAUAUUAUAGUUACAAUUUCAAUUGGCCACAUUGUAUUAUUUCUAAAGAGGAUUAUAAAUGUUGUCCUGAAAGGGUUCGCAACUGUCAACUGGACGGUCUAAGGGACUUAAACCUAGGUACCGAACACGUGCGUGAUGUGUUAGUGAAGUAUUUAAACCAUCUUAUAAGGUUAGGUGUCGCAGGGUUCAGGAUUGACUCAGCGAAACACAUGUGGCCCUUUGAUCUGAAAAUUAUCUAUAGCCGCCUACAUAGCCUGAGUACUAAACACGGUUUCCCUAGUGGUGCUCGGCCCUUUAUUUAUCAAGAAGUCAUUGAUUUUGGAGGAGAAGCCAUCAGCAGUGAUGAAUAUACUGCAAUGGGUGCUGUAACCGAGUUUAGAUAUGGAAUGGAAGUAUCAAGAGCUUUCCAGCGUUUUAAUGUUCUUUCUUGGUUGCAUAAUUUGGGUACCAGCUGGGGUUUCGUACCCUCACACAGUGCUAUUACUUUCAUCGAUAAUCAUGAUAAUCAAAGAGGAUACUGCCCUGGGUGCAAUAUCCUUACUUAUAAAAAGCCGAAGAAUUACAUCGGCGCUGUCGCAUUUAUGUUGGCUUAUUCUUACGGCAAUCCUCGGAUAAUGAGCAGUUUCAAAUUUGAAAAUCCUGACGUUGGACCUCCAAUGGAUGAAAAUCAAAGGAUUCUUUCCCCUUCAAUUAAACGUGACGGCAGUUGCGGUAACGGGUGGGUUUGCGAACAUCGUUGGCCACAAAUUUACAGCAUGGUCGCCUUCAGAAAAGUAGCCGCAAAUAAUAGGGUCAAUGACUGGUGGGAUAAUGGCAGCAAUCAGAUUGCAUUUUGCAGGGGGGCAGUGGCAUUCGUGGCUUUUAACAACGAUCUUAUAGACUUCGAUGAAACUUUACAGGUCUGUGUUCCGCCUGGUAGAUAUUGUGAUGUGAUUACUGGCGUCAUCAAACGCAGGAAUUGUACCGGCAAAUUAGUAACUGUAAACAAAGAUGGAAGAGCUCGUAUUAGUAUUAGGGCCCAUGCCAAAGAUAUGGUAUUAGCUAUCCAUGUAGGAAAACAAGUAAGUCCUUGUGCAGUACAUGUUCUUUAG